AAGGGAAGACCUGAGGUCCGAUCUCUUCAACACUAGUGAAGGGAACAGACCAUAUGACAAAGCAGCAACAUGGUAAACCGUCGUUGUGUCAAGACAUGCAAGCAACACUUUGAUUACAAGCCCCAACAUAAGCAGGGUGCAAAAUGGAAACUACACAGGAUGCCCAAGGCUGGAGACAGCAGGCGCCAGGCGUGGCUGGAUGCCUUGGGUCUCCCAUCGGCCGAUAAGACUCUCUUCGUGUGCAGCAUGCAUUUUGUUGACAGCGAUUACACCCCAAAUCGCUUCCUCCAGCCGGAGGCUGUACCCUCGAAGAACCUUGGUACGUCACCUGCGACGGCGACGUCACCUGCGAGUUCCGCGGAACCCCUGACGCCGUCACCAGCUGGACCAUCCGCGGCCCUGGACCAUCCAGCGACGGCCGUGACGCCGUCACCAGCUGGACCAUCCGCGGCCCUGGACCAUCCAGCGACGGCCGUGACGCCGUCACCAGCUGGACCAUCCGCGGCCCUGGACCAUCCAGCGACGGCCGUGACACCGUCACCAGCUGGACCAUCCGCGGCCCUGGACCAUCCAGCGACGGCCGUGACGCCGCCACCAGCUGGACCAUCCGCGGCACUGGACCAUCCAGCGACGGCCGUGACGCCGUCACCAGCUGGACCAUCCGCGGCUUUGGACCAUCCAGCGACGGCCGUGACGCCGUCACCAGCUGGACCAUCCGCGGCUUUGGACCAUCCAGCGACGGCCGUGACGCCGCCACCAGCUGGACCAUCCGCGGCCCUGGACCAUCCAGCGACGGCCGUGACGCCGCUACCAGCUGGACCAUCCGCGGCACUGGACCAUCCAGCGACGGCCAUGGCGUCGACUCUGCCAGUGCCGGAGACGACGGCGACGUCACCUGCGCCGCUGGUGUCAACACCGCAUGGACACCAGCUGCGAGCUGGUAAACGGCGGUGGAGUGGAAGCAGAGCGCGCAAGCCACCAGCCAGCUGACGCAGAGCCCAGAGGGCGUUCGCCACCAACAUCCGCACGGCGCAGCUGCAGAGAUGAUUUCUGCCAUGGAGCAGCAUCCGCGGCUCCAUGACAUCAUCCUUCCAUCAUUCUCCAUCAUCAUUCCCGGAGCUCACCCGGCGGCGGAGCCGGCGACGCCCGCGCCCCGCCUGGCCGUCCAGCCUGCGCGCUCCGCCGCGCGCCGCGGGCCCGGCUCGCCGAGACGUCCGGCUUAGGUCGGCGUUUGAGGCGCGGCGGGGGGCACCGUCUCUGUGCCCUGCUCCGGGUCCCCGCCGCCUGCGGUCUCUUCUGCUGCCGCCACUGAGGGGAGCGGCUCUUCUUUGAAGACGGCAUCGGUCGACGGUGAUGCUGGCGGGCCGGUGGCGGCGUGCCCCGUCGGCAGCGCGCCUCGGGAGGACGCUGGUGACGACGAAUCUUCAUUGCCGUCGGCACCGGUCGCGAGCGAGUCGCUGUUUAGUUGGCCUGCUACAGGCUUUGCUGUGCCAAAAAGUGCGACUGUGGCCAGACUGGUAUACGAUUUGUCAGUGCUUACGCCCCUCUUGCCGUGCCGGCCGUGCUCUUUGCCGUCUAUUGAGGAUGCGUUAGAGUUAUCGUUUUGGGGUUUUAUACCGGUAUCAAGAUUGAUUUAAAAGAUGGAUUUCAUCACAUUCCACACGUCCUUUUGGUGUUUUGUAUGAUUGUAAAACGUGCUUAUACAUUUUCUCUGUUAUCAAUGGGCCCUAUUAGGUACUGCAUCUCCUGCAUUAUUAGGUAGAGAUGCAGUACCAUUAUUAGGUACUGCAUUAUUAGGUACUGAAGGAGAUGCAGUUAGGUACUGCAGCAGUACCUAACAGAUGCUUUCAGUGAACUUGUAGAGUCGAGAUUUAACGUCAGGUGUGAGGUGUUUGGCGUAUUUAGAUGAUUUUCUUUUUAUGUCCAAGGACGCUGAAUGGUAUCGCUGCGUUUCUGACUAGUGUUGGGUUGUGUAUUAAUUUCAAUAAAUUAGUUCUCGUUCCGUC